AUGCUACCCACAUUGACCCAGCUCGUACCGUCUAACACUAAAAGAACGGGUAAUACGGCCUUUCUUGAAUGCCAAGUGAACGUGACCCAAUUUGAGAAUGUUUACAUCCACUGGUACCGCCAGCAGCCUGGUGGGCCUCUGAUACGAAUUCUCUACCUUUCAUCCAAUGAGAAUGUCAUUCAUGAGGAAGGGGUCAACGAGGAGAGGUAUGAAGCCAAGAAACGGGAGAGGGACUUCUCGGCAAGUCUCAGAAUCCACCAAGUCACGGAGGCAGAUGAAGGGCUCUACUAUUGUGCCUGCUGGGAUGGCACGCUGAGCCAAAGCCACAGAGACACUGAACAAAAACUGUCUCCCUGCGGACAUACAGCCUUAGAACUGAAGCAGCCUCAAGUCUCCAUCACCCGAGGGCUGAAAAGAACAGCACAGGUGACUUGUCAAGUGUUAGGCAGUGAGAAUUUUGCUAAUGAGUACAUAGAUUGGUACCAACAGAAGCCAAACCAGCCUUUGCAAUAUCUGCUCUUUGUCCGAUCAACCAGUGUUCCCAAGGAAAAAUUCUUAGAUGGUGUUCCCAUCUACAGCACUUCCUGCAUUUCUUCCCAAUGCCAUGUGGCCUUUGUCUGCUUACAGUUCACAACUGGCCCAGCCAGAAUGAGCCUCCCCCAAGUGCUUGCUGUGGCCGCCCUCUGGGCCCUUGGACUUGCACACGCAGCCAUAGAACUGAAGCAGCCUCAAGUGUCCAUCACCAGCCAGCUGGGAACAGCAGCACGGGUGACUUGUCAAGUGAUCGGCAGUGAAAACUUUGCUAAUAAGCCCAUACACUGGUACCAACAGAAGCCAAACCAGCCUUUGCAGUAUCUGAUCUCUGUCCAAUCAACCAGUGUCCCCAAGGAAAAAUUUUUAGCAAGUAAUCGGUGUGAUAGCUCAGGCGUGAUCAAAAGCUUUGCUGAAGGAUCUCAGCUCAUAGUUCUCAGGAGCGAGUCUGUUAUUCCAAAAAAACCACCAAUGCCCAUAAUUUUUCUUCCUACUUUGGAGGAAGUGAAACAAAAAAAAUCUGGGACCUACAUUUGCCUGCUGGAAGACUUUUUCCCCAAUGUCAUUAAAACCUAUUGGAAAGAAAAUAAGUACUCGCAGCCUCUGGAUGCACAGUUUGGCCCUAUCACUGGGAAUGGCAGUUCAUACUCACAGGUCAGCUGGUUGACGGUACAAGAAGAUUCCUUGAGUAAAAACCUCACCUACUUCUACCAACAUGAGAAUACGGGCAUAGAACCCCAGGAAGUUCCUAUUCCUUCAGUUUGGGAAGUUUUAAAAAAUUCCUCUUCAAAAGCAUGUAAGAAGGAUAAAGACUGGACUAAAGGGCUCCAGGAGCUACAUUUUGCCAACAUAUCGGCCUUUUAUACCUACACCAUCCUGCUUGUGAAGAGUACCAUCUAUUUUACCAUUGUCCUCUUCUUCCUGUACCAAAAGAAAGUGGUGAAAAUGGUUGGGAGCCAAAGGUCAAAGUAGGCGUGCUGAGAUGCCCUUAAGUUCCCUGGAGGGGAUGGUUUGUCUGCAUGUUCCAUUUGUCUUCUGAAGGAGGGGGGCAGUGGUCAUAGCACUGUUUUUUCUUACUUAUCUUUUGCUUAGCCACGCGUCUUUCUUGUAACUUGGAAAAUGUAAGCUGGUUUCUUUUAAUUUGUUGGACAAACGGGAAACUUUAGAUUGUAAGAAGUAGGUACUUUUGGUGCUUUGCUCUAGAUAUUGACGGCACCUCCCUGCUGAAGACUCUUCCCAAUAAAAAUCGCCAAAGCUCCUUC